AUGAAUACUAAUUUCCAAAUAACUACUUAGACCUUCAAAUAACUUCAUGAACCCCUUUAGAAAUUGCCACGGACUUGUCUCUUCACUGAAUUAUAUAAAACCAAGGACAAUAAGAUAACCAAGAAAAAAAUAUUUCAAACAAAAAAAGCAUGGCUAACUUGGAAGGAAAGCAUAACACGAGAACUAAUACAUUAAAGAACUCUCUCCGCAAUGUACCCUGGGAAAGUUCUAACCAUCCUGAAUUACACAGUCGAAACUACCAACCAUCAAAGAAAUCUCUACAUUACGUAUGAUUGUGGGGACGAUGUCGAACCCCUAUUUCAAUAUUUGAACAACAACUCAGUUAGUUUUCAAGAACAGACCCAGAUAUUCGAAUAAUUAUUACAAAUCACUUGUAUCUUGUACAAGUCUCAAUUUGAACACACGAACCUUAAGCCGAACAAUAUAUUAUAUACGAAUAAAUAAGUUCUAAUCACGGAUUUCGGAAGCGCAAGGACUAACUACCAAAACUUUCUAAAAUAGUAUUCAUCUUCUGCUGAAAAAGAUUGGUAGAAUAAUUUAAUAUUCUUUUACCCCCAAGAAUAUUAGUUCAUCAUGACAGAAGACAAUGUAGACUUUAGAGAGGAGAGUUGGGAGAAACUAAAAGCUGAAAUGUCCAAUAAAACCUUUAGAAAAAGGAUUGACAUUUGGGCUUUGUCGAUGAUGAUGAUGCAAGUCUUUGAAAACAACCAAAUCUUGCCAAACAAAUUAACCAAUUAUUACGGAUUAAACAACGAAUUACUGCUCCAGAAAAUUGAAAAACUCAAACAAUUUUCAGCUGGUAUCUACUCUGAGGUCAUCCAAUCUCUAGUCAUCGAAAAGAAAGAACCAGAAUAAGUUUAUCAGAAGUUCAUUAAGCAAAAACAAAUGCUUAAAAGAGAAUCUUCUUCUAUGGAGUCUACAUUUACUAUCAAAUAGAUUUUUGACCUUGAACCUGAUGAUAACUAUUUCCCAUCUUAUAAACCUGAAAAUUAUUUCCUUGACAAAAAGGAAAUCAAAUAAAUUGAAGAGCAAUAUGAUGAUGAUGCCUCCAGUGUUAUUAGUUCUAAUUAUCAAAUUGAUGUGAUUGGCUUCACAGAAAAUAAACCUAAUAACCUAACUCAAGUGCCCAAUCUAUUACCUCCAGUUAGAAGUUAAGGGGGCAUUGGUAGAUAGAAGCCAUAAACCUAAAAAUAUGAUGUCGCUUAAAAUGAUCAAAGAAUUUUUGGAUUUCAAGAUAAGGAUGCACCUCCAGGCGAACCUAAUAAAAGGAGAACAAUUAUGGUAACCAAUUAUGAUAUCUUGCAACAAUAAAAUCAGGGAAGUUCCUUUUAAGAACCCCAACCCAUUAAUGGCGGUGUACCCCUUUAUCCAAUUCAAUCAGAAAUGUAUAGAAACAAAGAAAAUCCAAAUUAAUUUUCACUGAAAAAAGUCGAAGAUAAACCUGCUACAGGAGGAGGUGGUACUAGUGGCAAAAUUGACCCAAAUGUAUAACUAGAAUUAAACAAUAAUAAUUCAUUAAAUCCAUUAUAAAUUAUUUCAUUGGCUGAUAAUUUUAAUGAAAACGAUGGUGAGAUUUCAUCACCAGGCUUUGAGCAAAAUCAAACUUCAACUUUUUAAUUUUAACAGGCUCAAAAGCUCGAUACAUUUAAGGAGAAGGGUACUCCCUAAAGAGUUGGGGGAGGUGAUUUUAUAAAUACUUUUGAAAACUUUUAAUUUGCUGGUUUACAACCUGAGAAUUUAUUAUAGUUUGAAGAUCCAGAUAUAGAUCCAAAUAAUACUGGAAGAUUUAUUGGGACCCAGAAUUAGUUAUAACCAAAUAAAAAAUUUAUUGAUUUAUUGGAAAUAGAUGAUUUAAAUGGUUAAGUUCCAAACCCUCCAAUUUAAAAUCAACCGUAUUAGGAAAUAUUUAAACCUGAUCAGCAAGAAUCUAAUUUAAUAAAAAUAGAACCAUCGAAAUAAUACUCGCCAAGCUAAAUUGUCCCUUAAAAAGGGAGCUUAAUUAUUCUUAAUGCCAACUAAAAUCAAAUUCCGAUUAUGGAAAUUAGAGAUAAAUCCGAAAUCACAAAACCAACAGUGCCUAUAGUACAGCAAGAUGAUUAUGAGAACUUAAAUAACGAAGAUUUCAAGUUGAUUCAAAUUUCUGAAAAUGAUGAUAAUGACUUUUUAGAUGGAGGAAAAAGGACAAGCUUAAUCUAAUUUGGAAAAAAUGAUAGACAAUUUUAGCCAGUCAGUUAAAUUGACGAUCCCAUUCAACAAAAACCGGAUAAUGUUAAAAUACCAACUAAUCCCUAUUCCUUAGAUGUAAUCAAGAAAAUACUAUAAGAAGGAGUGACACAAUUAUAAGAUCCAGAGUAAUCUGGGGUAACAGAAAAAUUGAAAUAGGUCUAAAAAGUUCUGGCUAAAGUUGUAUAACAUAUAACUGAUCCUGAUGAAAUUUUUGAUAAUGAUGACCUAUAACCUGAAGAAAAAAUUCAAGUACAAUAAUUUCUAGUUGAAAUAAAUAAGCAAAAUGAAAAAGAUAUGCUAAAAUUAAUUGAAGAUGUAAAUGAAACCGUAGAAAUAAUUGAACAAAAGUAAAAAGUUGUUCAAAAUAUUGAUAAUAAGGAAAUUGAGAAAAACCCUCUUCUUCUUAAUCUAUUAAAUGAGGAUGAACUAAAAAGAGUAAAGGAGAGAAACUAGGGUAAUAAAAUUCUUACAGAAUAGAUAGAUAAACUGCUAGAAGUAAAGGAUGAUCUGAAAAAAUUCAAAUAGAAUCCAAAUAUGCAAAAUCUAUUAAAAAAACAACAGCUUGAUUUACUGAAUAAAGAGGAACUUAAAAUAUACCAGCGUUUAUUAGAAAUUAUGCCCAAAGAUAAAAGAUAAGGGGAUAAAAUAUUAAUUUAACAACGGGAAAUUUAACGUAGACUAGAUGAACUCUAAAAACAGGAAAAAGAGGAAGCAAUUAAAAAAAGAUUUGCUGCAUUUUUACUAGAUCCAUAGUAUGAUAAAUUAUUAUCAAAUAAUGAGUUAAUGCAGUUGACUGAUGAUGAAAAAAAGAAAUACCAAGCAGCCCUUGAAGAUUUAUUGCUUAAAGUUCCAUAAAGAUAAAAAAAAUCAAUUCAACAAUAGAUAGAUCUCUUAAAAAAGGACAAUAAAAAAAAGCACGAAAGCAAAAAGAUUGAAAUUUCUAUCUUAGAAAGGUAGAAAAAUCCACAAAAUGAAUAGCAAUUUUAAGAUGCAUAUAUGCAUGUCAUGAAAGAGUUGGGAGAAGAAGAGGAUGGGGAGGUUCUCUCAAAAAAUAAAUAUAUAAGAGGAUUUUAAUAAAACAAAACGAUUUCACAAAUUACUGAUAUAAUACCUGAUGAUUGCUAAUAGUAUUAACAAUAGAGCAAAAAUAGAAAAACCAAGUAUUAUGAUUUUAAAGGUUAAAAAUAUAAAGGAUAAACCCUUAAUGAUAUGCCUGAUGGAUUGGGAAUAUUAAGAAAGGAGGGAGUUUCAUCCAUAUACAAGGGUAUUUUUAAGGAAGGCAAAUUCUAUUGGGGAUAAGUUUUGGAGAUGAAUGACGAAGGCUUGCUAACCGAAUAUGUCGGAUAUUAUCAUUUGCAACAUAAUGUCAAACAUGGAAAGGCAAGAUUGAAGUGGUAUUAGCCAUAAAGAGAAGGAUUCUGUGGAGAUUAUCAGUUUAGUGAUCAUGACCAAUAUGUAGGUCACUUUGUAUUGGGCUAUAUUCAUGGAAAGGGAAAGAAGAUUUAUAAAGAUUAGUCUGAGUAUGAGGGAGAUUGGAAGAAGAAUAAGAGAGAAGGGCAAGGAAGGUACACUUUAAAGAAGAAAGGAUAGAAAACAAUUACAUAUGAAGGAGAGUUCUAAAAUGAUUUUUAACAUGGACAGGAUAUUAAGGCCAUACAUCAUCAUUAAACAGGACUAGAUUUGGUAGUUCAAGGAAAAUAUAGAAAUGGAAAGCCUGUAGGAUAGCAUUAACUAAUCUUCAAUAAUUAACCAUAAAGAUAUAUUGAUUAUUGA